AUGGACAUUGAGCUCAACCAAAUUCUCGUGCGAUUCUGGGAGACUGAAGAGGUUCCCAUGAAACCAAGCUUUACCGCGGACAAGGAGAAAUGCGAGAAUCAUUUCCGUACCACUCACGCAAGAAGGGAGAGCGGGCGAUACAUUGUUCGCCUUCCCUUUAAACAAUUUCCUCCACAUAUUGGAGAUUUACGCUGCAUCGCGACUCGAUUGUACGACAAACUCGAGAGGCGGCUAUCGCGCGAUGCUAAUCUCGCUGCGUCAUACAAUGCGUUUCUUCAGGAGUACCUAGACUUGGGACAUAUGGAGCUGGUCACCGGUCCAGAGUCGUCUCACGACACCGUCGUCUACCUACCGCAUCACCCCGUGGUGAAGAGCAAAAGUUUGUCGACUAAAUUGAGGGUCGUAUUUAACGCGUCGUGUGCUACAUCGAAUAAAACUUCCCUUAAUGACCAUCUUCAUACCGGGUCCAAGCUACAGACUGAUCUGAUGUCUAUACUAAUCAGAUGGAGACAACAUAAAUACGUAUAUCUUGCCGACAUUAAGAAAAUGUUUAGGCAGAUAAUGAUGCAUCCCGAAGACGCCGAUUACCAACGCAUUCUGUGGCGACCGUCGUCGCAAUCGUCCAUCCAGUCGUAUCGUCUACGUACCGUUACGUAUGGUACAGCUCCCGCGCCAUACCUCGCGAUACGGGUAUUACACCAACUUGUCGAAGAUGAAGGCCAUCAAUUUCCUCUUGCACGUUCCAUUCUACUACACGAGACUUAUGUCGAUGACAUUUUAUUUGGUGCCGGCGAUAUUGAUACGGCCAAUGCAAUGAGAGUUCAAUUAGUCAAUAUGCUCGCGGCGGGCGGAUUCUGUCUGCGAAAAUGGGCGGCCAACGCUACCGAAAUGCUCGAAGAUGUACCGCCUAAUGAUCGAGCUAUCAACAUGGAUCACUCCUUAGAAGAGGAUAACAACAUCAAAGUUCUCGGCAUUUCAUGGUUGCCACGAAAUGAUUCCUUCUCCUUCCAUAUUUCGCUCCUGCCCACUGCGGUAGCGACCAAACGCUCGAUUCUUUCGGCCAUAGCCAGAAUUUUCGACCCCCUUGGAUGGGCUACGCCGGUAGUCAUUAUUGCUAAGAGCCUGAUGCAAGAAUUGUGGAUUAGGACAUGCGGCUGGGAUGAGCCGCUUCCAGCAGAUCUCAGCACACGUUGGGAAACUUAUCGCGAUUCUCUCCGGUCUCUCACCGAAGUUCGGAUACCCCGCUGGACCGGACAAUCCAAACAUGUGAGCAGUAUCGAAUAUUACGGUUUUUCCGACGCCUCACUUAAAUCUAUAAGUGCCGUGGUGUAUAUGAGAAUUACCUGUUCAAAUGACGUCGAGGUUAUGCUUAUCGCAGCCAAAUCUAAAGUGGCGCCAAUUAAAACUCUGUCUGUCCCGCGUUUGGAGUUAAACGGUGCCGUAUUACUCGUCAAAUUGCUACAAUACGUUAUUGAAACAAUGCAGCUCUCUAGUAUUCCAACCUAUUGCUGGACUGAUUCGACAAUCGUUCUCAAAUGGCUUAAAAAACAUCCCUCCACGUGGGUUACGUUUGUAGCAAAUCGAGUGUCGAAAAUUCAAACAGAACUACCGUCAGCUACUUGGUGUCACGUUCCGACUGGCUCGAAUCCCGCGGAUAUUGCAUCCCGCGGCAUCACUCCGGCUGAUCUAUCGUCCUGCAAACUAUGGUGGUCGGGCCCGACUUGGUUGACACAGUCGUCGAAGUUAUGGCCCCGUCAGACUCCCAAGAGUUUUGACGAAAUUACCCGUGGUGUCAACACCGAAACUUGCAAGGCUGCUGUCGCACAUAUCAACGACAUGCCGCAACCGCUUGCGCUCGAUGAUCUUCCUCAUCGGCUAUCAUCAUGGACGCGCCUACUUCGAGUGACCGCAUAUGUCCUUCGAUUUAUCGCUUGUGCACGAUCGAAACGGUCAAGUACCGCGGGAACCGAUUCUCGCCUUACCGCCGCUGAAUUGUCCGAAGCACGCAUCGAUUGGUGCAAACAAGCUCAGCUCAGUCUUUUCGCCUCAGAAUAUAAGAAGCUACGUCGAAAGCAACCUAUAUCAUCUCGAAGUCCUCUAAUAAAAUUAACGCCAUUCCUCGACGAAAACGAUACGAUCCGGCUCGGCGGGCGGCUAAAAAAUGCCCCUCUCGCAUUUUUCGAGCGACAAUUAUUUUGCCUCGUCAUCGUAUCAGUGACUUGA